GCCCUAGUCCCCAAGACCAACCGCCGUGCCGUUCCUUGUCGUCACCGCCGACGACCCCACCCCAAAACUCCCCCGCCGUCCCGUCCCGCCGCGCCGCCACCGCCGCCGCCGCCACCUUCGUCCCGCACUCCCUCCUCGGGGCAUCGCGCGGCGCGCUCCUGCGGUCCCCACCCCGUCCGCGGUCUCUGGCCGCCGAGCCUCGAGGUACGAGCUAGGUCGUCUCCGUCCGGCGAUCCUCCUGCUCUCUCGGAUGCGCGCAGUCUAGGUCCCCAUGCUCCUGUGGCGUCGCAAAUGCGUCGCCGAGUGCCGCAGGCACGCCCGGGCCCCUCCCGCGGGGCAGCCAUCCCCAUCCCAUCGCCGCCGCCGCCGCCUCUCCGUGCUCGCCUCCUGGGCGCACCACCCGGACGACGAAGCCACCUCGAGCGGCGAGGAGAGGCCCAGCUGCUCCCCCCUCGGCGAGGUUUUCCGGAGAAGGGGCUGCGCACCCGGUGAGAUUACCAGGAGAAGGAGCUUUGCUCCGAGCCUGAGCUCCGCCGGCGUCGUCAGGACUCUUCAGCGCCUGGAGAGGAAGCCUGCCAUCGCGUUCGCCUACUUCAAGGACACCGAGAGCAUCGGCUUUCGGCAUGACCUCGCUACCUACACGGAGAUCAUCCGCGUCCUGUCACACAAGGGCCAGGGGAGGAUGCUGUUCUCCUUGUUCCGUGAGAUCCUCUCGCCGGCCGAUGGCGGUGGCGGUGGCCCUGAGAUCGUGCCGCUCAUGGAUCAGCUCAGAAGGACGUGCACUACUUCGUAUGCUCUCUUGUUUGCGACUAAUUCCUUGAUCACGGCAUGCACCGCUUAUUGCAGUGCACCGGACACAAUAGGGCUGUUUGGUGACCUCUUUAGGCUUGGAAUUGUCCCGUCAGUUUUGACUUGCAACAUACUUCUCAAAUUUGCAGCUGAGAGCGGUGACUCGGAGAUUGUUGUAUCGGCUUAUGAUCAAAUUAAGCUCUUUGGAUUGACUUUGGAUGCUAACUCGUUAGGCCUUAUCACCAGGUCUCUCUUUCGAGAAAAGAAGGCAGACAAAGCAUUCCAAGUGUGGGCUGAGAUGAUUGAAAUGGGGGUGAAACCAGAUAUAAAUGCAUACUCAUCAUUUAUAGCCGGUCUGUGUGAUUGCGGAAAGAUUGAUUUGGCUUAUGCUAUUCUGCAAGAGAUCAGCAGGGAGGGGGUUCAAGUUGAGCCCAUGGCUUAUAACAUGGUAAUGGAUGGGCUCUGCAAGGAAAUGAGACUGCAGGAGGUUGAAAUGCUCUUGGAGAACAAGACGAGACAAGGCUUCACCCCAGAUAUAUAUGGUUAUAGCUAUCUCAUUCGGAGUUACGGCAAAGCGGGCAACUUACUCAAGGUGUUGGAUCAUUAUCAAGCCAUGGUAUCCCAUGGUUUCGAAACAAAUUGCCACAUUGCAAGUUAUCUUCUACAAUGCUUUACGAAGUUAGGCAUGACAUCUGAGGUUACAGAGCAUUUCCAGAAACUGCGAGAUUCGGGACUCAACGUAGAUGGGGUUCUGUAUAACAUUGCCAUUUAUGCUUACUGCAAGCUUGGUAACAUGGAUGAGGCGGUUAAGCUACUGAGAGAAAUGAAGGCUGAGGGUCUGACACCUGACAGAAUUCACUAUACAUGCGUGAUCAAGGGUUAUUGUUUGAAGGGAGAUGUACCAAAUGCACGUCAAGCAUUUGAAGUGAUGCUGAAGGCAAAUGUAAAGCCAGAUGUAGUUACAUAUAACAUAUUGGCCAGUGGAUUCUGCAAGAAUGGUCUUGUUAAGGAGGUGUUUCACCUUCUAGACCAUAUGGCGGAUCAAGGGUUAGAGCCUAAUUCACUCACUUAUGGUAUAAUAAUUGAUGGGUUUUGCAGAAGUGACAACCUUAGUGAAGCUGAGGUGUUAUUUAAUAUAGUAGAAGAGAAAGGAAUCGAUCACAUUGAAGUAUUGUACAGUUCAAUGGUUUGUGGCUAUUUGCAUUCAGGCUGGACUGAUCAUGCUUACAUGCUUUUUCUUAGGGUUGCUAAGCAAGGAAAAUUUGUGGAUCAUUUCUCAUGUUCAAAGUUGAUGAGUGACCUUUGUAGGGAUGGAAAUGCCCAGGGAGCGUCAACAGUUUGCAGCAUGAUGUUAGAAAAUAAUGUUAUUCCUGAUGUAAUUUCAUAUAGCAAACUAAUAUCAGCCUAUUGUCAGACAGGAGAUAUGCACAAUGCUUGCUUAUGGUUUCAUGAUAUGGUUCAGCGAGGACUUUCUGUUGAUGUUAUUGUAUACACUGUACUAAUGAAUGGUUACUGCAAGGUUGGCCAGAUGGAAGAAGCUUGCAAAUUGUUUGAUCAGAUGAUAAACUUAGGUAUUAAGCCUGAUGUAAUUGCAUAUACCGUGCUACUGGAUGGUCACCUAAAAGAGUACCUGCAGCGGUGCUGGCAGGGCGUUAGUAAGGAGAGAAGGAUCUAUCUCCUUAGAGUAAAGCAGAACAUGUUGCUCAGCUCUAUGAAAAAAAUGGAAAUUGAACCUGAUGUACCCUUUUACACCGUAUUGAUAGAUGGACAGUGCAAAGCUGAUUUUUUGGAGGAAGCCCGGGGACAAUUUGAUGAAUUGUUGCAGAAAGGGCUUACUCCUGAUCAAUAUGUGUACACAGCUCUUAUAAGUGGAUAUUGCAGCCAGGGAGAAAUAGAGAAGGCACAAGAUCUUUUUGAAGAAAUGCAAGCCGUAGAGCUUGUGGACGCUCCGGAAGUUAUGGAUGCGGCUGACCAGAAGCAUUCCUUGUGGAGGCUCCAGAAGUUGGAGGCUCCGGAAGUCCUGGUGCAAGGUAGAACUACAGUUUGGCUGCAAAACUACAAGAGGCAGGUCAGUCAUAAUGUGGCCAAGUUCAAAUUCGCUCUCUCCACACCUACUUCUGUGUUGGGCCUUGCAAUUGGCCCCUAUGUAAGCCGCAGAGGGAAGGAUGCUACUGGUGAGGAAGUAAUCAAGCCUUAUACUCCGACUACACUGGAUUCUGUUUUUGGAUACUUUGAGCUUGUUAUAAAGGUAACUUAUCGUGAAUAUGUUCCAACCUCAUUGCAUGUCUCUUAUCGUUGAUUCUGAUGGUAAAAAGACUGUGUGACCACUUGACUAGAAUAAUUAGCUUCAUUGUACACCAUAUUAUUAAUUCACUUCUGAAGGUAUGCUGCAGCCAAAUAGUUCUUUCAGAACAUGACCAACCAUCCACACUUAUGAGCUGUUAUAUCGUGUUAACUGCUGUGUUAUGAUUGGACCAACCAAAUUCGGUUGCCAUGAAAAGCAAUGCACAGAUUUUAAAUACUGCUCCAUCUACUACCGUAUAAAUGCUUCAUAGAAUUGUCCAUUGGAUGGCACAGUAUGUACAAUUUUUAGCUAGCAGCUGUCAAGGUUGCCUUAUCCAACAUCAGUAUGUUAGCCUGUUAUAUAGUAAAAUUUGCAUGUGACUGAAAUUUUCAAGUGAGCUCCUCCUGUUCUUAUCAUCAUUAGGCUAAUUAAUUAAAAGCUAGAACGGUAAUAAUAUGAUUAUUGCUUUGUUGCAUGUCCAUUGCCAAAUGCUAACUAUGGUUCUGUGCAUGUAUUUUUCUAACUAGUGGAACCUAUAGCACUAUUAAUAUCAGUAGUCUGCUUAUGGAUUGACCAGACAUUUAUGAGUAAUUAUUGAUUAGCAAAUUUCCUUUGAAUAUUCAGACUGCCAUAAAAUCUCCUUCAUUACUUGGUAAUGACUAUUAUCCUUCUUCCUAGCACUUGGCAAUAUAUGUGUCUUCUAAUAGACAUUUCAAUCCUUGUCACAAAAGAUAUCUUUUUGCCCCUUAGAUUACAUAACAUCUUAAGCUUUUCCAUUGAUUUAUUGGUCUUACUUUGCUUGUUGGCGUUACUGCUGGAGAUGAUGAAGCCGGAAAUGAGGACAUACAUGAUCAUUUUGUGCGGUGUCUUGUGAAGUCGACCUGUAGUCCAGUGUCUUGUGGAAUUGUUUCUGUUACUAUGCUUGGACCUGUCAGUGUAGCAGUACCUUGUGGAUUAAUAAUUUUGAUUUAUGUCUCA